AUGUAAAUUGUAAUCACUACGUAUUGUGUGAUUGUGUGUGGCUAAACAAUUUGCGUGCAUAAUUUGUAAAUUUUCUCGUGGUCUUGUUGAGAACAUUGUUUCUUACUAUUUUACAAGAAACUGUAUUUAUUUCUACAAGCUUUGCUAAUCGGACAUCUAAAUUGUCAGGACUGAAAAAAUGUCUGAAGUUCAAGACAAUGGUUCUACCGAGCCAUCAUCGGUUGAGCCAGAACAAAGACCAAACGGCGGUGGUGGUGAUGAAGGCGAUGCAUGGGGAAGUCACGAGUCUUCUUCUGUACGUCGCUAUGCAAGAAUGACAGUAGAUAGAAACUCUGCAUACUAUAACAUGAACCAUAAAAAUCGCGGCAUGGCAAUAAUCUUCAAUCACGAACAUUUCGAUAUCCACAGUUUGAAAGCACGAACAGGUACCAAUGUCGAUAGCGACAACUUGGCUCGAGUGUUGAAAGGGUUAGGAUUCCGUGUGACCGUUCUGGUCGACCGCAAAGCUGAUGAUGUGAACAAGUAUCUACAGCAAAUAGCUGAAAUGGACCACACUGACAAUGACUGCUUGCUUAUCGCAGUGCUGUCUCAUGGAGAAUUGGGAAUGUUGUAUGCAAAAGAUACUCAUUACAAGCCUGAUAAUUUGUUCUAUCAUUUCACUGCAGAUAGGUGUCCUACAUUGGCUGGAAAACCUAAAAUUUUCUUCAUACAAGCUUGCCAAGGCGAUAAGUUAGAUGGUGGAGUAACCCUCACAAAUAGAACGGAAACUGAUGGUUUAUCUAGUGCAUCAUAUAGAAUUCCGACUCAUGCCGAUUUUUUGGUUGCAUAUUCAACUGUACCUGGAUAUUAUUCCUGGAGGAAUACCACACGCGGUUCCUGGUUCAUGCAGGCCCUGUGCGAGGAGCUUCGUUACUCAGGUGCUGAUAGAGACAUCUUAACAUUGCUCACGUUUGUAGCACAGAGGGUAGCACUGGACUUUGAGUCCAAUACACCAGACAUGCCCACUAUGCAUCAACAAAAACAAGUGCCAUGUAUUAAUAGCAUGCUCAUCAGAUUACUUGUGUUUGGAAAGAAGUAAUGUACUAGUUGAAACCAAAAGUAAUAGCAUUUUAUUGUUACUCCUUAGCAUGUUUUCAUCACUGCUAUUCCUUCUAAUAUUAGGAUACUGCAUUCCUAUUUUUGUUUUGUAUUUGGAUUGUAAAGUACAUACACUUACAGAAACUUGCAGAAAUGAAUUAGGCAGAGAAGCAGUGGGGAAUUACAAGGUGCUGCUGAUAUGCAGAACCACACUUACCAUUGAUAUGUUUAAAAUUCAAAGAACAUCAGCAGUAUCCCCCUCUGCACAUCUUGUCAGAUCUAUACCUCUAGCAACAAAUAUUUUAAUUAGCUUUUUUUUAAUGAAUUAAUGUUAUUACUUAUUCUAAAAUAAUUAGAAAAUCCAUAUAUUUAGUAAUAUUAUUAUAAAUGUGUCUAUCUGCCUUUGCUAGCUUUUUACUGCACAUCUGUUAAACCAAUUUUGACAAAUUUUCAUAGCACAAGAACUAGCUUAUGUCAUAGCUGGAAAAUCAAAGAGAUCAAAGAGGAUUUUCAAAAAACCUACAUUAAAAUACAUAACUAAUAAUUAUCUUGUUUAUUUAAUAAUAAUAGAUUUUAGGAAUUAAGUAAAUGGAAUCAAUGAUUAUUGAUUACACUAAUAAAUGUAUUUGAUUAUGUAAAAGUAUGUCUUCAUACGUACAGUAAUUAACACCUUAAAUGAAUAAUAUCUAGAUUUUAAUAUUGAGCUCAAAUUUAGAUAAAAGUAUUAAGCAAAAUGCAUUUCAAGCUUUUAUAAUAAUAACUAACUACUAACAUUUAUCUUGUUGAUAAGUAUGUACUUAAGAAAACUGCCAAUAGGAUAUUAGUAGUGAACCCUAAUACAUGAGAUAAUGCCUAAGUAUAUUAGAUAGGGUAUUGAUGGCUUGAUUUAGCUUGUUGAGGAGAUUGAUAUUACAGUGGACCCCCGGUAAUCCGGCCCCUGUCUAAUCCAUCCCCUGUAAUCAGACAUGUCUAUUAUUGAAUUGACUAAAUAUGACAUACAUAGUGAAGUAUUAUUUGUACUUCAGAGUAUGCAUAACAUAUAGAAUCUUAUCAUUGGAUCUGUAAUUUGUCGGAUAACAAGGUACACUAUUGUAAAAAAAAUCCGGACUAUAGGUGGUCUUAGGCAGUACUCUAUAAUCUGACGAUAGUUCAACAAUGCCCUGCAAAAUGUUUGUCGGAUUACUGGGGGUCCACUGUAUAUUAUUCUUAUGAUAUUUUUAAAUAUGUAAUAAUAUGUGAUAGUUUUAAAGCUUUUGAACAAGAUAAGCAAGUCUGCAAGGUCAAAUGUAAGUGAUUUUUCAAAAAUAGCUUGAAUUUUUGAAAAGUAUAAGCUGCCCUAAAUGAUCAGCUUGGCCUGGUAUUUAAAAUUUUUAUAAGUAGGUUUACACAAAAAAAAACUAUUGCACGAAUAUCAAAUCAUUCUAUAAAUUCAAAAAGUAAUUGUGGAGACAAAAGACUGGCAAUGAGAUUUAUAAUGGAAGUCUGAUUUAGUGUAAAAAGUGUCAGAUGUGAUCAAAUCAUAUUAUAGGUCUGUUCUAUAUUUUUUUUUAAUUUAUCUACAUAAAAAUGCAGUAUAACAGUAAGUGGUAUGCCAGAAAUUGAUUUUAGUAAUUUUUAUACUUAAUCAAAGCUUCACUAAUAUCAACUUCUGGCAUACAAGCUAAUUGAUUUCAUUUUUUCUGCCAUCAACUCCCUAUCUAUACAUAAAUAUAAAAACUGCAAUUUGCUUUUUCAAUCAUUUUAAAACUUUUGUUUGAUCACUUUUAUAAUCUAAGUAUAUAUAUUUACAUAUCAUAUUACAUGCAGAAAGAGAUGUUAAAUAUAUACAAAAAAUGGUCCAGCAACAAUUUUAUAAAACUUUUUCUACUUGAGCACUGAGUUCUACUUAUACAGGCUUGUAAUGAUUUUCUUUAUAAUAGUUUCUGAUUGAAUGAUAUAUUUUUUCAUUUAAUUGGGUUUACUGUUACUAUGUAGGUAUUGUAAUUGUAUGGAGUAUUCUACAUACCUAAUUAUAAUUCCUUUUUUAGUCAAUGUUUUAAUAAAAUUUAGUUUAGUACACUAAAUUCUCUUCUUUCUAAGAAAUAAGUUCCAAUUCAUACAAUUAUAAUUAAUGUGUUAGAUUAAAAAUGGUAUUUAUUUGCCUUUUAAGAACAAAAAUAGUCUAAGAGUAAGGUGCACGAAUCAGUUUGCCAUGUUAAUGAUUUACUAAACCUAACAAAAAAUAUUUAAUUUUAGUUUAAUCAUUGUUUACCUCACAAAAAUUGGUAUGAAUUUAUGUAUGUGAUAUCUGUGUGACUGAUAUUAGGGUAUGGUAAGGUUAAGGUCAAAUAUCUGUGAAGAGAUUUAUAUUAAAUUGUGGUCCCUUCAAAAUUGUGCCUUGAAGACACUAAAAUUUUAUAUGAUAGUAGUAACUAGGUACAUUAUCAUAUGUUAUCAGAAGUAUAUUAUUAAACUGGAUGAAUCUCUUCAUAGACAUUUGCAAUUGCAAUGCAGCGAAAUGACGUAUUUUGUUAUAACAAGCCUUAUUUUUGUAUUUUCAGUAAGCAAUAAAAUCUUUCAAAGUUA